UGUGGUUGUAUAUUAUAUUAUUCUGUGGUCUUCUAGUUCCGCCAUCUUGAUAUUGUUUUGUUUAUUACGUAAAUUUAUAAAACUAUAUAAAAAUACACUAAGUAGUAAUUAAUUAGGUUUAUUCAAGAUGUUGCGGAGCGCCCUUGUACCAACUAAAGAAGCUAGUGCUUCAAGUGUUUUGCGAGCAUUAACUGGCAGCUAUGGAAAUGUUCAAAUACACAAAAGAGAACAGUCCACUACUCAAGUAAAAAAACAGUCUUCACAACCAGCUACACAGCCUUCUCAAGAAGUGAAACCAUAUUCCCCCUUUCAAAAUACUAAAAAUUUAGCAGAAUUUGCCUUUGCUAGGCUCGAUGAUCUACUUAAUUGGGGAAGAAAGGGUUCUAUUUGGCCCCUUACUUUUGGUUUAGCAUGUUGUGCUGUGGAAAUGAUGCAUAUUGCUGCUCCUAGAUAUGAUAUGGAUAGGUAUGGUGUUGUAUUUCGAGCAUCACCACGUCAAGCAGAUGUAAUUAUAGUAGCAGGUACUCUAACUAAUAAGAUGGCACCAGCUUUAAGAAAAGUUUAUGAUCAAAUGCCUGAGCCACGAUGGGUUAUUUCUAUGGGUAGCUGCGCAAAUGGUGGUGGAUAUUACCACUACUCAUACUCAGUUGUAAGAGGCUGUGAUCGGAUUGUCCCAGUAGAUAUUUAUGUACCUGGAUGUCCACCAACUGCUGAGGCUUUGAUGUAUGGAGUUUUACAACUGCAGAAAAAAGUAAAAAGAUAUAACACACUUCAAAUGUGGUAUCGUAAAUAAGUAUUAAGUAUAAAAAAUAGCAAAAUACGCUCCACCUUGUAAAUAUAUUUUAAUUUCAAUAACACAGGAUAUUUGAAGUUUACCACAUUAUUUAAAAAAGUGUCUGUGUAAAUAAAAAAAAUGUUGUUAAUUA